AUGGACCCCGACUUCGAGCUCGAGUUCGAGAUGGUCGGUGUCUUGCGUGCGUACAAGACCACAUGGGACGAUGGUGACUCUGCUGCGGCGGCGGCGGCCACGGACGUCGAUUUGCUCAAGCGAGCGUGGCUCAACGAGAAGGCCGCGUCGGAUAUCCUCAGCUUUGACUCGCCCCUCGCGUUACGUGUCCACGAGCAGAUCCAACACCUGGAGGAGGCGCUCGAUGACUUCGUCGACGACGGCGUUGACGACCUGGUGGUCUCGCUCUACCAGAUGGACCUCGAUCGCACGCUCUUCCUCCUCCGCUCCUACCUCCUCCUGGAGAAGAUCAAGAAGUACACAAUGCAUAUCUCUAGGUCCGAUGACCUCCUUAGUCAUCUCUCACAACAGGAGCGCCUGGUUGGGGCAUUUAUCACAAUUGUUUGCGCCACCUUGUGA